AUCCAACGCCUCAAACUCUCCUUAUUCGAGGAGGAGACGCAAGGCCCCCCCAACCCAUUCCCUCUCUGUCUUUAUCACGGGCCGGCAACCGUUUUAAAAGCACCAGCCCUUUGUUUUAGAUCUAACUGACCCUCCUUGUCUCCCCUCCCCGGGUUUUAUUGAGCCCCUGCUGCUGUAAUAUCCCCUAACCAUGGCGGCGAGUGCGAAGCGAAAACAGGAGGAGAAACACCUGAAGAUGCUGAGAGAAAUGACGAGUUUGCCUCCCAACAGAAAGUGCUUUGACUGCGACCAGCGCGGCCCAACCUAUGCCAACAUGACUGUGGGAUCCUUCGUGUGCACCUCCUGCUCCGGCAUCCUACGAGGACUGAAUCCACCCCACAGAGUCAAGUCCAUCUCCAUGACAACUUUUACGCAACAGGAAAUCGAGUACUUACAGAAACACGGCAAUGAGGUAUGUAAACGGAUCUGGCUGAGCCUCUAUGAUGACAGAACCACCUCAGUACCAGACUUCAGAGAACCGCAGAAGGUCAAGGAGUUUCUUCAAGAGAAAUACGAGAAAAAGAGAUGGCACGUUCCUCCAGAGCAGGCGAAGUCCGCGGCCCCCGUCCACGCUUCUAUCUCCGGCUCCUCCAACAGCAGCACCAGCAGCACCCCCGAGGUCAGACCCCUCAAAUCUCUGCUGGGGGAGUCUGCCCCCUCCCUGCACCUCAACAAGAACACCCCCCCUAACCAGUCUCCAGUGGUGAGCCGUGGACAGAGCCAGCAGCAGCAGCAGCAGUUCCACGACAAGAGGUUCGACCUCCUCAGUGAACUGGGGGGAGACAUCUUCGCUGCUCCGCCCAACAUGAACGCCGGAGCCAGCUCCAGUUUUGCUAACUUUGCACAUUUCAACAGUCACACAACUGCACAGAGUGCCAACGCAAAUGCAAACUUUGCUAAUUUUGAUGCGUUCGGGAGCACAUCUGGGUCCUCAGGUGGCUUCCCCUCAGCACCACAAGCCCAAUUCCAACCCUCAAAUACAGGAGCCGGUCUUGCUGCUGGGGGGGGCUCGGCAGGAGUAGGGGGUCCGCCUCAGAGGCAGCCAGGAGUCCCUGCAGGGUGCGACCGCUACGCUGCUCUGGCUGAGCUGGACACUGUGUUCGGACCCUCAGUCCCUCCCACCAGUGUUUACAACCCCACCAGCACCUCUCAAGGCCGGAGUGUGUUUGGCACAGAGAGUGGGAUGUCCGCAGCACAAGCACAGCAGGCCCUGCCUGGGAUGGCUCAAGGAUUUGGAGCUCAGUCAACCAAUCCGUUUGUAGCGGCCCCGGCAGCCCCUCCCACAAACCCCUUCCAGAGCAACGGCAGGACGGCCCACAUGGCGGCAGCGGCGGCGGCGGCAGCAGCAGCAUCUUUCGGCACAGGCUCCAUGAGUAUGCCCGCUGGAUUUGGGAAUGUGGCAGCCUUCAACCUCCCCACCAGCUUCAGUGGAACAUUCCAGCAGCCUUUCCCGGGGCAGGCCCCCUUCCCUCAGCCCCCGGCGUACCCCCAGCAACCCAACGGCGGAGGAUUUGCAGCCUUCGGCCAGGCCAAGCCCGUUGGCACUCCAUUCGGACAAACAAUGUCCGGACCUAUGAUCUCCAGCAACCCCUUCCUGGGUGCGGCUCCGUCUGCUCAGUAUCCAGCAGGAGGCUCUUCAACGAACCCCUUCUUAUAGCGAUCCCUCCGCUCCGCUCCACUACAGGGUCAACAACUGGCGCGCUUGCACCUAUUGCACCGUUUGUUUCACAAGUAGCUUUAAACACAAUGUUUGUAAGGAUUUGUAUUUUCUAUCGCAGUUUGUCACAAGGGAUAUGACAGAGCGUCAUGCUGACACUGUCCAUGGCUACAAAACAAAGUGAUGGUGUGUGCAGAGGGAGAGGACGGUCCCCCCCCUUCUCUAUUUAACCUGUGAACUGGCCUGGCCUCGACUGAAACACAAUGUAUAAUCAAACUGGCUGAAAACUAAGUUAUUGUAACAGUAUAUCCCAUUCGUUAUGCUGCAACUUUGUACAUAAUUCAUUUUUCUUUUAGCGCUUUUGUGCAUAUCAGUAUUUGUAUCUAACACACAAUAUUUGUUCAGACAGAUCCGUUGCUUCUUGGUAAGUUAAUGGGUACCGCCACUUACUGUAUUUGUGAAGAACCAACUGUUUAAAUGUGCGGGUUGCUUUUUAGGUAAACUGUUGCCUACGGUGGCCGAGAGGUGCCAACGUGCUUCAGCGGACCAAAACAUUUCCAUUAGGAGAAACGCACUGCAACCUCAAAAUCGAAAUGUAUAAACACAAAUGUGCCAAAACACAUGCAAGUGAAGAAAUAUCUUUACAAACUUGACGAAACGUGCACCGGGUUUACUAAAAAAACGCUGCAUACCAGGGGACACUAAAAAGUGACGCACACAGCUGGGACCGGAGAGCUUGUGGACGUUCGGGGAUUAUAAAGUUGGCAUACUGUCACUGUUGAGAGUUUAGUCUGUUUCAUAAUUGUUAGCGUUUUGUCAGUAUAUUUGAAUUAAGUCAAUAAGAUUGACUUUAUUGAUCCCAAUUCAGGAGAUGUUUUCGUCACAGCAACAUGUGAACAAGACAUAAUGUGAAAAUAAAAAAAGAGGAGAAGCUAAACAAAUAUACACAUACAAUAAAUCUAAACUAUACAAAAAUACACAUAUUGACAGUGAAAUAUAUAUAUCUGUAAAUGACUAAGUUAGCUACGUUGGCUAGUUAGCUUAGAGCAAAUCGGCAUGUCUUAAGUUGGCGAGAGGUUUCUUCAUUUGCAUGUGUUUGCACAUUUGUGUUUUUAUAUUCACAUCAUUUUUGGAAACUGCAGCUUGCUUCCCCUAAUGGAAAUGUGUUGGGUCGGUGUAACGCGUUUGCACCUGUCAGCCGCCGUAGGUCUCCCAUAAGAAAAAAAAAAAAAAAACCCUAUUCUGUUUGCGAGAGAUUAAGAAGUGUCUGCGUCGUCAGGGACGGGCGGGGGUCUCAUUUCUCUGCCUCUUCCCCUCCUGCUGACAGAGGGUCACAAAGCUUCUGAAAUCCUGUCGAGAAUGGCUGCUGGGCUGAAAACCACUUGCAUUAGGGUAUUAGAGAAUUUUAAGUUAAUGUGUAAAUAUAUACAGUAUAUAUAUAUAUUAAAAUGAAUUUUAAAUAAGAA